CUCACUAGUCUCCCUCCAAUGUAAUCUAGCCCUUGCCCAAUACUCUCCUAGAACUGCGUAGUUACCCAGGACCCAUAAAAAAUACGUAAAAAAUGAGUCAAUUUGUCUGUGUCCAGGUUGGACAAUGUGGAAAUCAAAUAGGAAGUGCAUUCUGGCCUCUGGUACUCCACGAAUAUGGAAUAGAGACGUCGAGUGGUGGAGUAAAUCAAUUAAAAAUACAAAAAGACUAUGCGAAGAAUAUUGACGACCUUUCUGAGGCUUUCAACAGUUUCUUUCAUGUUCCUGAAACGUCAGGAAAAUUUUCAUUCUCUAAACUGUCAGAUCUGACAGCCAGCAAUGUUAAAGCUAGGGCAAUUCUCAUUGAUAUGGAAGACAGUGUUGUCUCCAGAUUCAGACAAGGGAACUUAAAAAAUCUCUUUGAUGACACUUGCACAGUAACAAAUUACCCUGGUUCUGGUAAUAACUGGGCAGAAGGUUACUACAGUCAUGGUCGAGCUUAUAAGGAAAAAAUUGAGGAGACAUUGAGGAGAAGCGUUGAACGAUGUGACAAUCUCCAUGGCUUCCUGCUCAUGCACUCUCUAGGGGGAGGAACUGGUUCAGGUCUGGGCACAGCUACACUGAAGCUACUAGUUGAUGAGUAUCCUCAUGUGGAGAAAUUUGUGUCGUGUGUUUAUCCCGCUCAGAACCAGGAUGUUGUUACGGCCCCUUACAAUGCUCUUCUAGCAACUAGACAAUUAAUCGAACAUGCCACUUGUGUUUUUCCUGCUGAUAAUGGGGCCUUAUUCGAUAUUUGUAGUUUGCGAGGGAUGGGGAGGGAUAAUCAGGAUCAGGCAAGGUACAAUGCCACAGGCAGUCCAUUCCAGGAUAUGAAUAGUGUUAUUGUAAAUAUGUUGCUUCAUUUGACAAGUGGAGCGAGAUUUCCUGGACAUUUAAACACAGAUAUGAACGAUUUAGCCACGAAUUUAGUGCCUUAUCCUCAUCUUCAUUACAUUUUCAGCAGUGUCUCCCCCAUUUCUAUGACAGCGUCAACAAUGCCAUUGACUCAGAGUAGUAGAUUGCAGGAUGAAUUGUUCACCAAUGCUUGGUCGAGAUCGCAUCAGUUGAUUAAAUUUGAUCCACUCCAACCGAAAGCUGUGAUAAUUGGAGCUGCUCACAUUGCUCGAGGAAACUGUUCAAUGAAUGAUAUGAGAAGAAAUAUAGAGAGACUUCAGAAUAAAGGAAAAUUCACUCCAUGGAGCAAGGAAACAAUGAAAAUUGGGUUAUGCUCAGUCCCUUCAGCAGGUCACCCAGCCUCUCUGCUGUGCCUCAUAAAUUCCUCUGCAAUGCGCUUCAUGUUCCAAAGCCUAAUUAGUCAAUUCGACAAAUUGUACAAAAAACGAGCUCACGUACACCACUACCUCCAAGUGAAUGACUUCGAAGAGGAGGAUUUCCUCAGCUCCCGAGAAUUUCUCUCCUCGGUGUACGACAAAUAUAAACAACUUCACAAUCAGAAACUAAUCUACAUUCCAAGACUCCAAGUGCUGUGAUUUUUGUUAGUAGU